AUGCUGCUGCCGGGAAACAAGUCCUUCGGCUGGGCUGAACUCCUGGAGUCGAACCGGUCUGAGGCGCACGGCGACGGUUCUGCGCCGGAGGUGGUGGUCGUCCCGGUUGUGUUCGGGCUGAUCUUUGUGGUGGGGGUGGUGGGGAACUCUCUGGUGAUGAUGGUGAUGGGAAAUGUGAAGUAUGGUGUUGGUGGGGGAGGAGGGGGGAGGCGCUCCAGCAGCCCCACAAACAUCUUCAUUCUGAAUCUGAGCGUGGCGGACCUCAGCUUCCUCCUCUUCUGCGUGCCCUUCCAGGCCACCAUCUACUCUCUGCCAGAGUGGGUGUUCGGGUCCGUCCUCUGCAAGUUCGGACACUACUUCUCCACCGUCAGCAUGCUGGUGAGCAUCUUCACGCUGGUGGCCAUGUCGGUGGACCGCUAUAUCGCCGUGGUGCUCUCCAAGAAGUCCCCAUGCGUCCGGAGCCGCCGGAACGCGCUGGCUGGAGUGUGCGUAAUCUGGACGCUGUCCCUGGUGUGCUCGGUGCCGGUGGCCCAGCAUCAGGUCCUGACCAACCACCCCAGCGCCCCCAACAGUACCUUCUGCUGGGAGAAGUGGUCCGGAGCCUCCAAACACACCUACAGGGUGACCAUCCUGCUGGUCGGGUACCUGCUGCCGCUGCUGCUCAUCAGCUGCUGCUACGCCAAGGUUUUGCUUCAUCUUCAUAAAAAAAUGAAGAACAUGUCCAGGAAGUCUGAGCGCUCCAAAAGAAAGACGGCUCAGACUGUCCUCCUGGUCGUGGCCGCCUUCACCAUCUGCUGGAUGCCCCACCACAUCAUCGCCAUGUGGGUGGAGUUUGGCACCUUCCCCCUGAACGAGGCCACCUUCGCCUUUCGUAUAGUCUCCCACUGCCUUUCGUAUGGAAACUCCUGCGUCAACCCCGUCCUCUACGCCUUCCUGUCUGAGAACUUCCGCAAGGCCUGUCGCCAGGUAUUCUCCUGCUUCCUGUACCCACCGCCGGCCACAGGCAAGGUGGUUCAUUUACGCAUGGAGAACUUCUCCACCACGCACUCAACCUCCAACAUAUGA